AUGCAUUUCAUUGCUACCGCUCUCUCCUUCUGCGCAGCCAUCACCUUGGUGGCUGCCGCCUCCUUCGGCAACCGUUGCGAUGUCCCUCACAGAGGCGAUGAUAUCUUUCCAAACUUCAAUCGCUACUCCGAUUGGGCCAUCUGCAAGGGUAUUAUCACAAAGCGCCGUUUCCCAAACCUCCAAGCCCCCAAUAACUGCGGCGGCUGCGUCCGUUACUACAGAGGUAUCGAUAUUACCGGUGUAGUCACGGAACUCCAUUUUUACCGGAGAGAUGGCGUUAGAACCGCCUGCGAUUGCGCCGCGAAAUGCUUGGAGAUGCCAAAUACUUGUACCAACUGGGUGUGGAAACAUACUUUCAUGAGGAAUAAAGAUGGUGGAAGAAGGUCUUGUACCAUUUAUAGCAGCCCUAACCUCCCUACUGGAGUGACUUUGAGCUAUAAUACUACUCUCAGCAAGGGUUUCCUGCCACUGCAGGCUGGUAACAACCCGCAAGGUGGGGCUCCUGCACCUUUGACAUUCUUGGAUGCGGCGAAUACCAAGCCGGAUAGGUUCGGAGUAUCUGGUUUUAUCGUGCAGGAUCAGCUUGGAAGGCAAUAUUGCUAG